AUGGGGCCAUCUUCGCUCCUUGUGAUGAGGGUGACCCCCUGGGCGAACGCGGCCAGCGCGGCGCGGGAGCUGGUGAUCCAGAGGCUGCUCUUCGUGGGCAAGGCCUGCGAGAACGAGGAGCAGCGGCUGCUGGAGAGGGUGCACGCCGAGGAGGAGAGGGCACACCAGAGCAUCCUGACCCAGCAGGUGCACUGGACAGAGGCUCUGCAGAAGCUGGGAGCCCUCCGGACCUACCUGGUGGACAUGAUCACCAACCUGGAUGACCAGGGCCUGCUGCGCGCAGAACGAGAGAUCUUCGAGAGGACAGAGGUGGCGGAGGGAAUCUUGGAGCCACAGGAGUCCCUGAAGUUAAACUUUAAUCAGACGUGUGUUCAGAGUCCACUCCUGCACCGACUGUGGGCCUCUGCUGUGCUCUGCUGCCUCACAGGCUCACAGGAGAUUCACAUCGAUGAGAGAACCCUCAGCCCCCACCUCAGCCUGUCGGAGGACAAGAGAACGCUGACCUUCAGUCCCAAGAAAGCCAAGGUGGACUUGGACUGCCCGGAGCGGUUUGACCACUGGCCCAACGCCUUGGCCACUGCAGCUUUCCACUCUGGGCUGUGUGCCUGGAAGGUGGGCGUGGAGCAGAGCUGUGCCUACAAGCUGGGGGUUUGCUACAGCUCCGUGCCCAGGAAGGGCUCUGCCAACGAGGGCCGCCUGGGAUUCAACGCUGCCUCCUGGGUGUUCUCGCGCUACGACCGGGAGUUCCGGUUCCUGCACGCGGGGCAGCCCCAGCCCGUGGAGCUCAUCAAGGCCCCGGCCCAGAUCGGGGUGCUGGUUGACUUUGCGGGGGGAGAGGUGCUUUUCUACGACCCCGACUCCUGCACCAUCCUCUUCUCCCACAGGGAGACCUUCACGGAGCCCGUCUACCCCGUGUUCGCCGUGGCACACCAGAGCAUCUCACUGGUGCAGUGAGCAGGGCCUGGGUGUGACUGUGUGUGCUCUGCACUGUGCCCUGGGGGGAAAGGAGCCCAGGCAGGGCUAUGGGCUGUGUACAGUGUUCAGACAACACCUGCUCUCACACUACAGCUGUUCUU